AUGCCCUUAGCGUUCGCUUUCAUUCGAGUGGUGACCAUUGAACGGUUCGGACACGGUGAGACCCUCACCAAGCGAAUAGUUUUAGCAGAUGUUUGUGUGUGUGUGUGUGUGUGUGUGUGUGCGUGGGUUGUGAUUAAAGCUGUAUAGCUAACAAAUACCAAGGAUUAUCCUUAUCGACUGUGCAUCGGACCGUCGGAGAUGAAGUGUGCGGACUAGCUUUAGUAGGUUAACUGGGGUACGCUUUUAAGGCAAACGCAUGGCAAACUGUCCUUUCAGUCGUUGAACUAUCCUCCCAUUGUGCAGGACCAAACGAUGGUCGAGUUGCGAGUGAAUUAUUAAGCAGUGAAAAGCCGAAGCCUAGCUCAAAAGCGUGCUCCGUAAAGUGAUGCGAUCAGGUCGGAACUACCAGGUACUGCUCCCUAAUCGGUCAAUGAGUUACCGGGCAUGUUUCCGGUCCGUAUGCUUAACCGUGAUGGUGCCUCCGAAACAGGCACAUUAAUGUUUUAGGAUGUGUGCGCCCGUUUGCGAGUGACAUGUAAUCAACUCCCACGGAAAGCAAACAAAUCUACAAAUUAAUGACAAACACAACGCUAACAAUCACAUUAAACGGCCGCUAGAGUGCUGCUGCGGAGGUCAACCUGUGAGGCGACUAAUGUGGUGCGAAGAUAAGCCGGACAGUGGCCGUACCUAGUUCGACAUCAUCAUCAUGGUGUACAAACCACCGGGCACCUCCACCUCGUCACGUGGCAUCUCACCGCAGCGGCCCCAGUACCCGGCCAACCAACGCGGUGACAUGCAGCAGCGUGGCCGGCGGCGUGGUGCAUUGCCGGGAGAAACCGGGUUUCACGCCACCACCUACGGCAACAGUGUGCGCAGCAAGCUAAACAAUCAUGUCCCACCGGGUGACAGAGGCACGGGCGGAACGUCCAGUAGUGUUGGUGGUGGUGGUAGCAUGAAACGAUCAAACAGUCUCAACCACAAGUACAAUAGCAACGCGACCACGGCGCAGACCCGGCGCUCGAACAGCAUCGAGCGGAUGAACAAUGGCAAGGUGUACCGUGGACGUAGCCCGUUGCGAAAUUCCACCUCGAACCUAAGCACGGCGAGCAACAACGGGGCCAUCGGCAAUCCGAACGGUACCGGCCGGAACCACCCGGUGCUGAUUCGUUCCAGAGGAAAUGACAUUGGUAGCAUCGAGAAUUUAGAUAACAUCACGCAAGCGUCCACUGGAAGCAGCAACUCGAUGCCGGGAACACCGGAAGAUAACAUCAACGUCGUGGUACGUGUGCGUCCGCUAAGCAACAAAGAGGCAAGGCAUGGCGAUGAGAUGGUGGUACAAUUUCCUGGAAAUGGCCAAAUAUUGUGCGACGGAAUCCCGCUUAGCUCGGGGGCUGGUGGACAGAAGCCGAAGCUGUUUUCUUACAACGUAGUGUUCGAACCGGGCGCAUCGCAGGAUGAUGUUCUGCAGUACUCUGGCAUAAAGCGGCUGAUUGAGAUGGCGAUCGAAGGGUUUAGCUGUACGGCAUUUUGCUACGGUCAGACCGGUUCGGGCAAAACGCACACGCUGACGGGACCGCCGGAGUUGUUUUAUCGCAAACCAGACCCAGCACACGCGGACCAUGGGCUAGUUUUUCGCUCCUUUCUCUAUUUGUUCAAGCUGCUGCAGGAGCGAAAAGACACAAACUUUAUCCUGAAGGCAUCGUUCCUGGAGAUCUACAACGAAAAGGUGAUAGACUUACUGAAUCCUGGCACAGCAAGAAAGCCGCUCGCCGUACGGUGGUCGAAGAAAUCGCGUGGCUUUUUUGUGGAGAAUCUGUUCACCGUCGAUUGCGAGGAGCUGGAUGAUCUACUGGCGGUCCUGGAGGAAGGAAUGCGAAAUCGACACGUGGGCGCUCACCUGAUGAACGAUUAUUCCUCCCGCAGUCACACGAUCCUGACGGUGCACAUCACCUCGGAACAGCAGGCCGAGGGUGGUGUGUUCAUUUCCAAGCAGGGUAAAAUUAACUUUGUCGAUUUGGCCGGCAGCGAGAUGACGAAGAAAACUCACAGCGAGGGCAAAACGCUGGAGGAGGCCAACAACAUCAACAAGAGCCUGAUGGUUUUGGGGUAUUGUAUUGCUUCGCUGAGUGACUCGAAAAAGCGGAGUGGGCACAUUCCGUACCGGGACAGCAAGCUAACGAAGCUACUAGCGGACAGUCUGGCAGGGAACGGAGUCACGUUGAUGAUCGCAUGCAUAUCACCCGCCCACUCGAACGUGACCGAAACGGUGAAUACUUUGCGCUAUGCAGCCCGGGCAAAACGCAUCCGCACGAAACCGAUCAUCGUGAUGGACCCACGGGAAGCGUUGAUCUUGAGCUUGAAGCGGGAGAUCGGUGCUCUACAGGUGGAAAACGAACAUCUGCGUACGGCACUCAAUCUGCAGUCGGAGGCGCAGGACAUCAACAGCCAGGUGGACCUGUUGGAGCGUCGACCGGUACCGCGCACACCGCCGAAGGUGGAUCUCGAAAAGCUGACCGAUAUGGAGGGUAACGAGCUGAAGGAGCUGGUCAAGGUGUAUAUCAUGGAAAACCAAGCGCUCCGGCAGGAGAACGCCGAGCUAUACUCAACGCGGGAAAUGAUCAUCCGCGAUCAGGAGCUGGUGUGCCGGGAGAAUGAGCGAUUGCUCAAAAAGUUGGAGGAUGUAAAUUCAGUUUGCUGCCGUUCCCCGAUCAUACCGGCUCGACCGACGUUUUCUGCCGAAAUGCUUAACCUGUCCGCUGCGAGCGGCGACGUGGAAGUGUCCAACAUAUGGCGCAAUCCGCUCAGCUCUAGCGCGGAUAGCAUGAAUCGCUACCGCAACGAAUCGCUCGAUGGACGUGUGUCGGCGAAUGAGAAUAAAAUACCGGAACUGCUGCAAAAAGAGCUGGAUAAGCGUCGGAUUGGAGACAGCAUUACCACCAUUGCAAACAACUUGAAGCGCAACAAUUCGUGGGACAACACAAACCGAUCGAACGGAACGGGCCACGGGGUAAAGUUGGCCUCCCGCAAAGGAUCGGCUGACAGUCGCCAUUCGGAUCCAAGCCAGGCAAGAUCGAGCCAGACCAGGAUUAUAGACCUCACGCAAAUCCCGUAUCAGACGGCUCACUCCGAUGCUGCGUCUCAACCGUACUGGAGACGUUCAGCAUUGGCGAGGGCGACAAGUGCCCAGAAAUCAGGAACGCCAAUGUUUGUCCGGAAAGAGCACAAUUUGCUCGCUAAGAGCAAAUCGACAGAUGAAGAAGGGCUUCUGCCUUUGAGGCGGAACGUGUUCGGUAGCCUGGUAUCGCUUGAUGCCGAAAGCAACAUUUCGCCUUUGUGAAACAGCAUGAUCAGCUAAAUGAUUGCUCAUGCAGAAAGCGAUCAUCAAUCAAUCAGUAAAACGCAACGGAAAGGAAAGUCAUGUGAUAACGUACUGAAGCGCAGGGAUUUAUAAGUAUGAUACAGUGCAAUAGCCAUGAAAUGAAAAGCAGAAAACAUGGAAAAUCUUUCUUCUUUGGAUACGCCACACUUGUAUCUAGUCAAAUAAAUGAUUGAAUAUAGGACCGUUUGCUGUGUUUUAUGUUUCGUAUUUUUGAGAAAAUUAAAUCGAGACUGAAUUGUGAAAAGAAUUUUACCUUCUGCAGACGGCUAGUUUUCGCCAGCUAACGAUCAUUUUAAACCGCCACGCAGAUUCACCACAGCUGUCAAAUCAAACGGAAGAGCCGUCGGUGGUGAAUAAACCUGUGACAACCGGCUAAAAAGGCGGCCAUUUCGUACGAAACUGUAAACAAAAAACUAUACAGCCGCCAUCUGGGAUGUCAUACCUGCCUUCAGCAUCGAAGCCGCUUCACUAUCCGUCGCCGUCGAUUGCAAUCUUCGCAGUGAACCGAAGUAUAAUUUUUGCACCAUCUUCUCGUGUGUAUUGGCGUGUUGCUACAAAUCAACAUCGCAUGAGCUUGCUUUGCGAAAAGCAUUAACGAGUAAAGAAGGUUCCUGGCCAAUACGCGUGUGACCCUCGUUUCGAUCUGCAAGCAACCGAUGUCGGACGAUAUUGCACCGAUAGAGUUGAACGUAGAGCUGCCGAGUGCAAUUGAAGAUAACAAUCGUAGUUAAAAGCAUCGACUGCAACUGAACACCUUGCCGGGGGUGCGUGCGAUAGGAAAAAGUUAGCUCUUUGGGCUGGCGCAGAGAAACGCAUCGUAACCUCAAUCCAUCGUUCGACGCGGGUGCCGAACAACAGCAGGACGACGACGCUAUAAACUUCAG